UCCAGUACAUUUCCAGCUGAACUUUACUGGGAAACAUAAAUUAACCACAAACACGUGUCUGAAUAGCAAGUAACAAUAAUAAUUAAUAACAAUUAUUGUUGCAAUUAUUUGCUAACUAUAGAUCUGCUUAGCCGAGCUGUACUGAAGUUAUCAUUUUAUAAUGUCCGAUUGCGUGGAAGUUGCUAUUACAAGUGAUUCAAGUGAUCAGUUAUGGAGCUGUUGCGCAUGGGAUGUUCGUACUGGAACUCAUUUGAUAUCCUACAAAGGGGGUGGCGCUCCUGGUGCUCGUACUUUGGGUGUUAUCAACAAUCAGUUCAUCAUCACUGGUAACAUGGUGAAACCUAUGCUACACAUAUGGCCAAUCAACCGACAUGAGGCGGUAUCCACCAGGUUCAUUCUAUCAGGACGUCCCACAGCAGUUACUGUCUCACCGGAUGGAAACUAUUGUUUAGUUGCGGUGCAUGAAAUAAUCUACGUGUAUCAGCUAGCAACAGGGGCAAUGUUAGCAAACGUUUCACGACAUUAUCAAGCAGUUACUGUUAUUCGCUUCACAGAUGAUGGAUCACACUUUAUAAGUGCAGGAAUGGAUGGAAUGGUACUAGUCUGGAGUUUAGCGCAAGUUAUACGAAUCUAUCAAAAGCAAACCAUCAAUGCGUUGUACUCCUUUUCGGAUCAUGCGCUUCCGGUAACAGAUUUAUUCAUAGGCAAAGGUGGCAUGAAGGCACUUUUCUGUACGGCAUCCAUCGAUCGUGCUUGCAAAAUUUAUGACCUUUCUUCUGGAUCGAUGUUAUUAAACUUAGUAUUCCAGGAUGCACUUUCAUCGGUCAUAAUUGAUGGUUUAGAAUCGAAUGUAUUUGUUGGCACGAGUAACGGUCCUAUUUAUGGGUUUAAUAUCCUUGCAGCUCCUCGUACCAAAGAUUAUCAUGUAGAUCGUAAACAACAACAGAAAAAUAGCUUUUUAGGACAUAAGAAGGAAGUUACGUGCCUUUCUGUAUCGAUAGAUUCCGAUACUCUUCUUUCGGGAGCAGCAGAUGAAAAUGUUAUCAUUUGGCAUAUCAAAAGUCGACAACAGCUUCGUGUUAUUCCUCACAAAGGAACGAUUACAAAUGCUCAUUUUAUACUAGCUCCAAAGGCAAUGUUCAACCAGGAAAUCAAAAUUAAUGCAUUUUUUCCACCAUUUCAAAAGCUCGUAUUACCAGCUGAAAAGACUGUUGACCUCUGUGUUGAGGUUGGCGUAUCGGAGAAAAAGCCUCAUAAAAAGCAAAAAUAUUUAGAACAUAGUGGUACAGGUGGCAACAGAUUCAGUGUUACCACUACCAACCAAGAAGUAGUUAAAUUAAAAAAAGAAAAUCAUCAUUUAAAAAUGGUGAACAAGGAGAUGUAUGAAUUCAUUGUGAAAAACAUUAUGAAAGAAAGUUAAA